UGUUUAUUCAUUUACCAACUGACUGUUGAUCUCUCUCUCUCUCCACUUUAUUUUUAGUCUUUCGUCUCUCUCUGUCUCUGUAAUAGCUCCUCCGCACAUAUUGGAGGCAGGCAAUUCAUACAUACACUCCUCUCUCUCUCUCUCUCUCUCUCUCUCUCUCUCUCUCUAUCUCUCUGUAUAUAUAUACCCACCUACAUAUAUCUAUAAACAAUUCUUGUUUCACCAAUUCGUCUCCUGCCGAUUUUACUUUGUAACUACACAUAUAUAUUUUUUAUUAAUUUGUUUCAGAGGACAUGGAUGAUGAGUACGCCAAGUUCAUCAGGAGAAUGAACCCACCCAGGGUCACAAUUGAGAACAAUUCUUGUGUUGAUGCAACUAUUAUCCAGGUUGACAGUGUUAACAAGCAUGGAAUCUUGCUUGAAGUGGUCCAAGUUCUUACCGACUUGGACCUUGUUAUUACGAAAGCAUACAUCUCAUCUGACGGUGGAUGGUUUAUGGAUGUGUUUCAUGUGAUUGAUCGGGACGGAUAUAAGAUUACAGACCAAGAAGUCAUCAGAUAUAUUCAAGAGACACUUGAAAGUGACACUUUUUUCGUGUCUCCUAUAAGAGGGUCGGUGGGAUUGAUGCCUUCUCAAAAUCACACUGCGAUUGAAUUAGCCGGAAUGGACAGACCAGGCCUACUGUCUGAAGUGUGUGCAGUUCUUACUGACCUUCACUGUAAUGUAGUGAAUGCCGAGAUAUGGACGCACAAUGCUAGAGCCGCAGCUGUGGUUCAUGUCACUGAUGACUCAACUGGAUGUGCUAUUGAAGACCCAAAACGGCUCUUAACAAUCAAGGAGCUCCUUCGAAAUGUUCUUAAAGGAAGUAGUGACUUGAAGACGGCUAAGAUGACCCUUUCAACGCCUGGUGUCACGCACAGGGAGAGAAGACUGCAUCAAAUUAUGUUUGCUGAUCGGGACUACGAAAUAACUGAAAGCUCUAGAGAUGGUAAAAAUGAUGACAAGAGUUCCAGACCACAUGUAACUAUUGGUAAUUGCAUUGAGAAGGACUACACUGUGAUAACUAUGAGGUCUAAGGACCGACCUAAGCUUCUAUUUGAUACGCUUUGCACUCUAACUGACAUGCAGUAUGUAGUCUUUCAUGGUGUGGUUCACACUGGGAGGUUGGAAGCUUACCAGGAAUAUUAUAUCCGACAUGUUGAUGGGAUCCCCAUAAGCUCGGAGGCAGAACGAGUGCGUGUCAUGCAAUGCCUUGAAGCGGCCAUUGAGAGACGAACAUCUGAAUUUAUGCAGGCACUUGAACUCCAACUUCUUACAGAAGAUCGAGUUGGUCUUUUGUCAGAUAUUACCAGAAUCUUCAGGGAGAAUAGUCUCUGCAUCAAAAGAGCAGAAAUUUCUACGAAAAGUGGGAAAGCUAAAGAUACAUUUUAUGUCACUGACGUGACUGGUAAUCCAGUUGAGCCCAAAAUGAUUGAUUCCAUUCGGCGACAGAUUGGACAAGCUGCACUGCAUGUCAGACAGAACACAAGUAAUUCACCAACUCCACCCCAAGAGAAAACGAUAAGUUUUCUCUUUGGGAACCUCUUUAAAGCAAGAACUUUCCAUAAUCUCAAAUUGAUUAGGUCUUACUCAUAAAUCUGGUAGUGGAUAUAGUCUAUGAAACAGAAACAGGAUAACUUGAUCUGUUAUCCCAAAGUAUCGGUGUGAAUAUAUCUCUAAGAUCGCUAUUAUCGGGUGUUACAUCUGACAGUAAAAACCAGGGAAAGGCUUUAGUCUGUAUGUAUCAUGAUCCUUUGUGCAUAAUAUUACUUGUACAGUCUAGUACUAGGAAUGUACAUAAAUAGGGAAAAAGUUGUGCAUACGUAUUGUUUUACAGUGCCUCUUGUUAAUAUAAUCUACCUGUCGCAUAUCAAUUAGCAGAA